AUGCCCUACGAGCGUUCCUACGAGAUUGAACAGCGCCUCAAAGCGGUCCUCCGUUGCAUCGCGACGGGGAGCUACUCGACCCCGCAGAUCGCCGAGGAGCUGGGCGUGUCGGUGCCCACCGUCUCGCGCAAUGUGCUCGCCCUACGCGAACGCGGCCACGCCAUCCGCUCCGAGAAGCGAGGCGAUGGCUGGCGGCGCCCACGCAUGAAAGCCGAGAUAAUCAAGAGGAUCGUCCGCGCGAUCGCUGACGGGUCGCAGGAGGACUUGUCGCGAUUGGCCCAGCGGGUCGUCGAGACGGAGCGGGAGCGCGGCCACGAGCGGUUGGCGGGCGAGCUGUCGCAGAUCCUCGCGGGGGGCAAAUCCGCCAAACCAUCCCGCCCGACUACGCAGGACCCGGGGAGUCAUCUCCGCGAACUGCCGCUGAGCCGGCGCAGCGGCGAGCUGCUGCUGUCGGUACUCCCGCGCGAGUCGCUCGAACACCACAUGGUGCUCCCGCCAGCGGUCGAGGAGCGGUUUGCGCGGGUCGAGCGCGAGUACGCCGCACGCGAACGCUUGGGCGCCUAUGGUCUCCGCAAUCGCAAGAGAAUCCUGCUCUACGGCCGCCCCGGUUGCGGCAAAUCCCUCGGCGCCCAGCGGCUGGCGUGGAACACCGGCCUGCCGCUGCUGAAGGUCCGCUUCGACGCCCUGAUCUCGUCGUUUUUUGGGGAAUCGGCCACAAACCUGCGGGCCGUGUUCGACGCCGCCCGCGAGCGUCCCUGCGUGCUGCUGCUGGACGAGUGCGACUUCAUCGCCCGCUCGCGCACCAGCGGCCGCGACAUUGGCGAGGCCUCCCGAAUCGUCAACUCGCUCCUGCAAUUGAUGGAAGAGUACGACGCCCCGGGCCUGUUGGUGGCGACCACGAACAUUGACACCGAGCUCGACAACGCCCUGUUCCGCCGCUUCGACGAGAUCCUGGAGGUCCCUCCCCCGGGUCCGGCCGAAAUCGAGCAGCUCCUGAAGAUGACGCUCAGCGCGGUCGAGGUUUCGCCGAGCGUCAAGUGGCGUCCCUUGGUGGGCAAACUAGCCGGCUCUUCGGCGGCCAUCGUCGUGAAAGUCGCGCGCGACGCGGCCAAAGCGGCGGUGCUCGAGGGUAAGAAGGUGGUCACACAGACGCUGCUGGAAGGGGCAAUCGCCGAUCGGCGCUGCGAAGGAGAGGACGCAGCAGGCGGCUCCGACGCCGACCUCACCAAAGAAUUCCGUCGCAAUCGCAAGAGCCACUCGACGACACUCCUGUCGAGCCUGACGGCGGCGUCCGACGCAUGGCGAAAAACUCAGGUGGCCCGACGUGAGCAGGACGCGCCGGAGGUGGAAGCAGGCAUCCCCCUGGUGCUCCAGGUCGAUACGUCCUUGGACCUGGACGACCUGCGUCGGCAGUUCGCAUUCGAGGUCGUGGCGGAGGAAGAGGAUGGCUAUGUGAUUGUCGCUUCGGAAGACGUCGAUCUGGCUCUCUUUCGGCAGAAGGUGAAGGAUUUUGCGGGAGGGGGGACCGGAUCGGGAAACAUCGCGAAGGUCCACGAGCUGCUCGACAGCGACACGCAAGAAGAUCGGCUUCGGCGCGUGCUCUCCGAGCGCCUCUUCGCGGAGUGGCCCGAAAUGCAGGACGACGCCUUAUACAUCUGCGACGUCGGCAUCGCCUGCACCGGUAACUGGGCGGCCCCGAAUCCGUUCAAGCCACGCGCUCACUGGAAAGCGGAGACGAACCAGCGGCACGAAGAAAAGAAUCGUGCUGAGGUUCAGGCAGCCUACGACCGCUGGGACGAGCUGCGUGAGGACCGUCGGGCGGAGGUCAAGCGGAUCACGGACCACUACGGCGCCGAGGUGCUCGGCGAGUACGAGAAGGCCGUGCCUGUUCCCGAUAGCUUCACGCUCCGCGUGCGUAUCGCAGCUCGGGGGCUCAAGGACCUGGUGCUCAGCUACCCCUAUGUAUUCGAGGUGACCGAGCCGGACGAGAUCGAGACGCCGCAGCAGCAGGCCCGCGACCUGGAGGACCAACUGGCGGAGAUAGAGUUCCAGGCUCCAGCUCCCGACGCCCCGGUGGUUUGCGUGAUCGACAGCGGCAUUCAGGAGGAACACCGCUGGCUGGCGGCGGCCGUCGAUGGGAGCGUGUCGAAGAGCUUCUUGCCGGCGCCGGACGCCGAUUCGGUGGCGGACCAUGUCGCUGGCGGCGGACACGGCACCCGGGUCGCCGGCGCCGUGUUGUACGGCCGCACAAUUCCCAAGUCGGGGGUCGUGCCCCUCGAAGCUCGCCUCCAGAACGCUCGAGUGCUGAACGGUCGUUGCGAGAUGCCACGCGAGAUGUUUCCGCCUGAAGUGCUGGAGCAAGUCGUCGAGCAUUUCCACCGAGUCGGCAAUACGCGACUCUUUAAUCAGUCGGUAAACGCCGACAGCCCCUGCCGCACCACGCAUAUGUCGGCUUGGGCGGCGGAAAUCGACCGCCUCUCGCACGAAAACGACAUUCUCGUCGUUCAAAGCACGGGCAAUCUCAAGACCGAUCGUCCCGCGCCACGCCCUGGGGUGGCGCAGCUUUUGGAGACGGGAAGGCCCUACCCGGAUUAUCUCGAUCAGCCCGCCUGCCGGCUCGCCAACCCGGCGCAGAGCUUGCAGGCGAUGACCGUCGGGUCGGUCGCGAUCGAGACGCUUGAACAAGACGGUUGGCGGAGCAUCGCUACGGCCAGCGGCGCUCCCUCGGCUUUUGGUCGCUCGGGGCCGGGCAUUUGGGGCGUGAUCAAGCCGGAGGUCGUCGAGCAGGGUGGCGAUUUUCUGGUGAGCGAUGGCGCUCCGCCGGCCGUGGCGACUCCUGAUGUGGGCGCCAACUGCUAUACAGAACUGGUUCGGUCGACAAGAAACGGCGGACCCGCACACGCCCGCGACUGCGUAGGGACUUCUUUCGCGGCGCCGCAGGUCGCCAGGAUUGCGGCCCGCCUGCAAGCGGUGCUGCCCGAAGAACCUUGCCUGCUCUACCGAGCGCUGAUUGCCCAGUCGGCGCGGUGGCCGGCCUGGGCAAACGGCCUCUCGCCCGCCGAGCAGGCCGCCCUCUUGCGACGCAUCGGAUACGGCAUCCCCGACCUCGACCGGGCGACAACCAACACCGAUCAGCGGGUCACGCUCAUCACCAGCGGUAAGACGAAGCUCGAAGCAGGCGGCUGUCACAUCUAUCAGGUGCCGGUCCCGGAGCGGUUGCGGCGCCCCGGAGAAGAUCACCAGAUACGGAUUGACGUGACGCUCUCCUACUCCACCGCGACGCGGCGGACGCGGCGAAAGCACGCCUAUCAGGCGACUUGGCUCGACUGGGUGACCAACCGACGGGACGAGUUGUUGGAACCAUUCGUGGAGCGCGCGAUUAAGCGCGAAGCCGAGUAUGCGAACCAGGGGCGCGAGACGUUCAAUUGGACGGUACACCCGCAAGUGCAGUAUGGUCUGAGCGGCGCCAACCGCAGUGCGGGCACACUGCAAAAGGACUGGGCCUAUAUCAAUUCUUACAACCUGCCGAGGGAUUUUUGCAUCGCGGUGCGGGGGCACCAGGGCUGGAACACCUCGCCCGAUUCAUCAGCCGCUUAUACGCUAGCCGUAACCUUCGAAGCGACGGGCGGCGAAUUAUCGGUCUACGAAGAAGUCAGGGCCGAGGUGCUGGAACUAAUUGUGCAAGCUGAGCAAGAGGAGUAUAUCGAUGUGCUCCGUCAAGAUAUCUGCGAUGGACCAGAGCGCUUUGCUCCCUCGCCCAUGCGACUGGUACCGGCGCCCAAGUCGGACCUCUAUCCGUGGGUGUUCAAAGACGGGGCGUGGCAACCGGGGCCAAAGACAAAGAAGUUCGUCCGACCGCUGGCGCACCUAGCCUUACGCGACAGCGACCUACCGACCGCAGACGCGAGGAAGGCGGGUGUCACAAGCUAUGGGAAUCGACUUUUGGUCGACUGGGUCAGCGGUGACGCAACGCCGCAAUCGGGUCACUUCACGUGGGGCAAUGCAGCACUUUAUCGCAAGUACUACCUAGACUACCAAGCGUUCCUAAAACGCCCCAUCGCCAUCUGCCGUCAGCAACUUUCACUUACGCCGGAGGACGCUGAGCUUGGUGUAGUUACGAUCGACCUACAAGGUUUCUACGACGCAAUUCCAGUCGACGAGGCAAUCGCCGCCUUGAAGAACCUCUCCAAGGAAGCGGGGCAUAGAAACGACCUUCGCUUCUGGCAGGCCGUUAAGAGUUGCUUUGCCUGGACGUGGGACAAGUCGGACGCCCAGUCUAAAACGUUGCUUAAGAGCAAGAAGCUGCCGUCUGGGCUUCCCCAGGGGCUCGUCGCCGCCGGGUUCUUUAGCAACGCGUACAUGGUCGAUUUUGACCGCAGGCUGGCCCGAACGAUUAAGCGAGCAAAGCCGGACGUCGGAAAGGGGUGGCGUAUCCUCGACUACUGCCGGUACGUCGAUGACAUCCGACUGGUGGUCGCCGGACCGAUCGCCUCCGAUGGAGAAGACAUACCACGGUUGUGCGGCGACUGGAUAAACAAGCAGUUGACGAAGUAUAUCAAAGGGCAGCAGUGUAAUGAUGGAAAGUCGGCUUUCGCCACGCAUGAAGAGGUGGAGAGUCGGACGAUGCGACCGGUCUUGAUGGCGGCGAUCCAGGACAANNACAAGCUUAGUGGCCCGAUCGAUCUCCAGUCGCUCGAAGAGGCGGGGCUAGCCCUCGACGGCUUACUGAACACCGUUGGUAACAGUGAAGCCGUCGGAGGCGCUACGGAAGCAAAGCCGCAGGACGACCAGCACGACAAGACGCUUGCUUUGGAGCGGAUACACGCCCCUCGCCACAGCGUGCGCGACGACACCGUAGCGCGCUUCGCGGCGUUUCGACAGCUCAAGGCACUCCGGGCUCGCCGUUUCUUGCUUGCGGCUGAGCCGGCCGGAGUACGCUCGACGGCUCUAAGACGGCUCGACGCGGAGGUCGAGUCCUCGGCGCGGCGGAUGGUUUGGAUGUGGAGUCGCGAUCCUUCCCUUGUGAUCGUCCUACGACAUGCGAUGAACCUUUGCCCUACGCCAGAGCUGAUCGAGCCGGUGCUCGAAGCGCUUCGGUCGGUAAUAGGGCCGGACGGACUCAAGAAGCAGGACGGUAAAGAGGAGGCAUUUGACCAGGCCGCUGCGUGGUACACCGCCGGCGAGCUGCUCAAGGCGGGGGUGAUUGAGACGGGGUUCGAGGCGUCUCCUUCCGAGCUGCCGGAGAAGGCCGACUUAGAGGGGUACCGGGAGUCACUUGCGGAUUUUUCUGAAGAGCUGUUGAGAGAGGCUCGCACGCCAUGGUUUGUCGCGCGUCAGGCGGCUGUGUUCCUGCUGUCUGUAGGUCGCAUACCGUUGCCGUCCACCGCACUCCGCAAAACGAUCGGCAACGACUAUAUCGCUCUACUCAAAGUUGCGAAAGGCGGCAUUUCUCUAGCAGGCGACGGCAGCCGCUUGCUGCCACUCCUUCUCGUACUCGACCAACUGUGUAACCAUCGGUCGAAAACCCUCACGAGACUCAGAAAGUACUUCUUGUCCCUGACGCCUGAAGAAGCGCCGCACGAGGUGGAACGACUAGUGCUCGCGAAUCUUCAGAUUGCGAUCGAUCUUCGUGCGCAUCUAAUUGCGAAGCGUUCCUCGAAACGGAAGUAUGUGCCGCUGAUUGCCACACUACCCAACGACGACGAGCGCGACAAACACGAAACCACCGAUCUUGGCAGGAACGCAACUCUUGGCGAAGUAAUGGGGGCGCGGGACAACCCAUUCGCACAGGAAACGGCAGCGCUGCAGCUCCUGAAAAAGCUCGCGGAAGCCUUGAGAGUGGGCGAGAUCCACCAAGAACAACUGCAACCGCAAAGCUUGCGGCUCAGUAUCAACGCGCCCUGGCGGACCCUAAAAAAUCCUCGUCGCAAGCAGACUCUCGGCGUGCAUCAAAUUGACAGCAAACAUGCCGACCCUCGCUAUGUCAAUCCGACGUGGGCCAACGGGGAACGGGGGGAGCUGUACGCGCUGGGGCGGCUCCUCCGGUCCGCUGUUCUGGGUUCCAAUGACUUCACUGCUUCGAGCUUCGAGCUGUCGCAGUAUCGUGACGGCUACUCCGGCCUCAAGAGUUCUUGGUUCAAGCGCCAGCACGGCCUAUCGACCGACUUAUCGGCCUCGGAAUGGGACACGACCAGCCGGUCUCCCUGGUUCGCUUCCCUGGUAGCGCAUCUGCUUAGCUGGCCAGGCAGCCGCGUUGAUCCGGACGGCGAGUUUACCCAACUCCGGACCGUGGACGGCCUGCUGAAAGUAGUCAGCUCGCGGCUAACGGUGCUCAAAAAGAUGUUUGGUCGCGCGACCGACCUUCCCGUGUAUGACUGCGACCUACGCCUUGAGCUUAAGUCUCCGCCAACGCUGUCGAUGGCGCUCGUGCAGACCGUCCGACCUACCCGUGACGAUUUUAUAGCACACGGGGCCGAUCUCGGGUCGAGCGCUUUCCGGCCCGUGCAUCGGGGGCACCUCGCCUCAAUGCUCCGCCUAACCUACGAGCACUUGGCGCUGCGUCCUAGUUACGACAAGAAGGCAGUCGUCGACUUCGUGGUGCUCCCCGAACUGAGCGUUCACCUAGACGAUUUAGACCUCGUAGAACGCUUCAUCGACGCGACGCAAGCGAUUGUUUUCUGCGGCCUCUCGUUUUUUAACGACGCGCGGCGAGGCGGCCUCGUUAAUAGUGGAUUGUGGCUUAUCCCCGAGCGCCGGAAAUCGGGCCGGAGCUUUCGUCGGCUGUUGCAGGGCAAGCACCACCUCACCGAGGAAGAAACGAAACUGGGUGUGCUCCCCCACCGCCCCCACCAACAUGUUCUCAAGGUCCGUGGCCUUGCGAAUCAGAAACCGUUCGCGAUCUCCGCGGCGAUCUGCUUCGACGCGACGGACCUCUCACUCGCCGCCGACCUGCGCGACCAAACCGAUAUGCUGAUUGUGGCGGCGAACAAUAAAGACGUGCCGACGUUUGACACGAUGGCGACGUCGCUCAGCUGGCACAUGUUUCAACACGUCGCCAUCGUGAACAGCGGCGAAUUUGGCGGAUCGGUUGUCAGUGCUCCUUACAGGGAAAGGCAUCAGCGGGUGCUCAAGCACGACCACGGAGGUCUCCAGGCCGCGAUAUCGAUUGUCGAGAUCGACCUCAGCGACUACCAGCGGAUGCGCGAACAUCCGCCUAGAAAACUGAAAACACCCCCCGCAGGCUUUGCACGGCACUAA